GGAUUAGCGGAUUGCAUCCGAGUGUUCGGAUACCCGUCCGACAGUCCAAUCUUGUGGAUCUGUGCUAUUGAUGAUGCACGCACUUGGCCGAUUUAUAUUUGGCCAAAUGCAACGGAAAACGUCACAGAUGGUACACUCGAAGAUGCAUUAAAACAAUUCAAUGAAUAUUAUCAAAUAAGAGGAUGGCUAAUCUGUCCGCAUAAGAUCACAGAUAAAGUCAUCGAAAUUUGCAAUCGGUUAACAGAAGGCGUGGAUAAAUGGCAUUGUACCGAUGGAUUUUAUCUGUUUUAUAUGAACACAGAACAGCAAAAAAAAUUUUGUGAAAAGAAGGUUGAAUUGCCGUCGGAGUUUAGAUUUGACGACGUGCGUCCAGAUUCGGAUCGCAUAUGCAAAUGGGAAAGGUAUGCAGGCACAUUUCGAUGCAAUUCUUUUACGCACAAAUAUCGGUGA